AUGGCGAUAGGAAGCGCUCUCCAAUCACGCCUCUGUGAAGUGUGUUGGGGAAAUGCACCGUUUCCUGCUGUUUUCACCGCCUUCCUCCUGCCGUCCUCAUCACUCCGCCCUUCAGAUUCCGCCCCAGCCAGCUGGCUCCGCCCUGCUGGACACCAUCAGGCCCGUCCGGGUCCACGCCAUCAUCAACCCGAAGAGAGGGACAGAGGGUUCGUACCACCCGCAGACGCCGCCCCCGCCCCCCAGGCCCUGCGGCUCCACUGGGGCUGCUGGGAAAGCGUGCUGGGCCUGGAUGGGAGGGUGGUGGUGGUGCUGGUGACGGUGGCCGGAGCCGUGAUCCUCCUGCUGCUCUACAGACUGUUACAGCUGAGACACAGGCUUCGGUUGGCGAGGGCGAGACACGCUCUGGAGUACUACGGCUUCUACCACAGCGCCACCUACAGGCUCCGACACCCCACCCUAUCUGACGACCUGCCCACCAAGAACGGGGCCAUCCCUGACAUGGCCCCCCCGCUCCAAACUGUAACCUCUGUAACACCUGUGGUGGUCACCCCCCUGCCCCUGCCCCUGCCCCUGCCCCUGCCCCCGCCACCCCCAUCCCCAGUCCUCCCUCCUCCACCGCUGCCUCCGCCUCCAUCUCACCCCCCCACCCCGCCCAUCCUGCCCGUCACCCUGUCCCUCCCCCUCCCUCUGCCGAUGAUCCACACCACCCCGCCCAGCCCCCACCUGUCGUGGGGCGCCUGCUCCGAUGCCGACGUCUACUCCCGGAUCGGAGCCUUCAGACCCUCCAGACUCUCCAGCCUGUCCGGCCAAUCAAAGGUCAUCCUGUUUGAACACUCAUCCCUCUGACCUCUGACCUCUGACCUGGGCACAGACUAACACCUGCCCUGCUGGGAAUGUAGCAGAACUGCGCAAAAGCUGCUACAAAGAGGGCGGAGUCACCAGAGUUUUUGGCAGGUUGUCGAGGCUUUCACAUCGUUUUGGGGUCAGGAUACGAACUUGGCAUUUGUCAAUGUCAAGUUUCCAGAGUUUGGACUUGUGAACUGGUCUUGGUAAGAUAAGGUAAGAUAAAGUAAGGUAAGGUAAGAUAAAAUAAGGUAAGAUAAAAUAAGGUAAGGUAAGAUAUUUGGGUGCACCUCCACCUCUAUAACCUUUCAUUCAGACAUAUAUCAGGGUUCCCGCGGGGUCUUAAAAAGUCUUAAAAGUCUUGAAUUUACAAAUCUGCAUUUAGUACCUUAACCUCCUAGGACCCAGCUAUGGAU